AUGUUGCAGUAUCUGUGGAUUCUGAUGGCACUUCGAUCGCCGGCGAUGGGUGCAGUGCAUCCGCCGGAACCGGAGGUCAUCGCACCCCUGGUGGCAGCUGCCCUGGAAAUUCUGGAUGAGCAGGUCAGACCCUCGCAGAUCACCUUGGCCGUGGUGGAAUUGACGGCAGGUGGCCGGCACAGGGAUCACCGGCAGGAGGAGCUAAUGACCGCGAUCCUCAAGGCGGUGGACAUCGAGCUGGCAUUGCGGACAUUUCAGCAGCCACCCGCCGAAGUUCCCGCCAGUCAUGUGGUCUUUCUGGUCAAUUCCGCCCAGGCCUUCAACACGCUGAGCUUCAACUUUACGGACAUGCACUCGACGCGGGAAUAUAACUUCUUGAUCCUGCUCACCAGGCGCAUGUCCUCGCGAGCCGAGCGCAUCCAGGUGCUGACGGAGAUAUCCAGGACCUGUGUGCGCUUCCACACCGUCAAUGUCCUGCUGCUCACCCAGAAGCGAAACGGUCAGGUCCUGAUCUACACCUAUUGCCUGUACAACAGGAACUGCGACCUGAACGUGACCCUGGAGCUGAUCGAUCGCUACCAGAACGGCUCCUUUCGGCACGGUCGGCAGGCCAGGUCCUUCGACCGGGCUCUGAGCAGCCUGUCCGGAUGCUCGGUGCGGGUCAGCUGGUAUCCCCUGGCGCCGUACGUCUCCUUUGAGGGCAACUCCAGUGAUCCGGCGGAGCGGGCGGAGAUCUGGCGACUGACUGGGAUCGAUGGGGAGCUGAUCAAGUUGCUGGCCCAGAUCUUUCGCUUUCGCAUUCAGCUCGAGGAGCCGUGCGACAAGUGCCUCUCGCCGGACAUCAAGGACGGAUGCAGUGGCUGCUUCGACCAGGUGAUGUACAGCAACUCCUCCAUCCUGAUCGGUGCCAUGAGCGGAUCGCACCAGCACCGGUCGCAGUUCUCCUUCACCUGCUCGUACCACCAGAGUUCGCUGGUCUUCAUCACGCACAUGCGGGAGCAGUUCGGAGCGGUGGCCCAGUUGGCGGUGCCAUUUUGUGGCACCGUUUGGCUGGCAUUGGUGCUCUCGGGGGUUCUGGUGGUGCUGGUGGUGGGUGCUCGGAAGAGGAUCGUGUGCGGGGAGUCCGAUAUGGCGCGGCAUGGCCUCCAGGUGCUCACCACCCUGAUGGGCAAUCCCCUGGAGGCGAGGAGCCUGCCCGGCAGUUGCCGUACUCGCAUCCUCUACGUCACUUGGCUGCUUUUGGUUCUGGUCCUGCGAGUCGUUUACCAGGGCAAGUUAUUCGACUCCUUCCGAUUGCCCUAUACUAAACCCCAGCCGGCCGGAAUAUCGGAGUUGAUCAGGGACAACUACACGCUGAUUUCCCAGGAGUAUGUGGAGUAUUAUCCCCGGAGAUUGACCGUGCUGACCAGGAAUGGAUCCACCGAUCGGUUCGACUACAUGCAGGGUUUGGGUGAGGAGGCGCGGAUUACGACCACCUCGCUGAUUGCCGCGAUGAGCUACUACAAUCAGAGGCACUGGAGCACCAGCCAAUUGACCCACAUAAGGGAGCACAUCUACAACUACCAAUUGGUCAUCUACUUGCGGCGCCACUCGCUCCUCAAAUUCUCCUUCGAUCGCAAGAUCAAGCAGCUCUUUUCGGCCGGUAUAAUUGGGUAUUUUGUUCGUGAGUUCGAUAGCAGCCAGUACAGUGACCCCUAUGAGGAGGACUACAAGGUCUCACCCAUUCCCUUGGAGGCCUUCUGCGGUCUAUACUACAUUUCCUCGAUUUUGCUAUCUGCUGCGGUAGCUGCCUUUUUCCUGGAGCUGCUCAGCCAGAGGAUCAACUGGUUGAGGAGGCUCUUUGAGUAG